ACCAGACCAUGAUGGAGUGGGGCAAGUCCGUCGGCAAGACCUGCAUCACCUGGAAGGACACGCCUGGCUUCGUGGUCAACAGGCUGCUGGGACCUUAUAGUGCUGAGGCGCUCAGGAUGUAUGAAAGAGGUGACGCGACAGCUGAAGACAUAGACUUGGGCAUGAAGCUAGGCUGCGGGUACCCGAUGGGCCCUCUCGAGCUGUCUGAUUAUACCGGCCUCGACACCAAGAAGGCCAUACUAGCGGUCAUGUUGGAGGCGACCGCUGACCCCAUAUUUAGGCCCAUACCAGUGUUGGACCGUCUGGUGGACGAGGGGAAGUUUGGGCGGAAAAGUGGGGAGGGGAUAUAUAAAUAUGAGAAGUAG